GCGUUUCGCAUAUCCUCUCUCAAUUUGUCGCUCACCUCUAUACACAUUUACAUUUCAGGACUAUUUGCAGAUAUGGGGAAGAACGGCAAGGGAAAGCUGGCCAAGGGAACAAAGAAGGCAGCUACUGCGAAGGACAGCAGCAACAAGGAUGAUGGUCUGUGGGACGAGAUCCAAAAGUUGGGCGGUGACAAGGCCGAUCUCGACAUGCUUGCUGAUGUUGACACACCUGCGGGCUCGAAACACAGCAAGUCGGCAAAGAAGACAAAAAAGGGCGACGCUAGUGGGAUCCAGGGCGAUCUGAGCGCGUUCGCCAAGUCGCUUGGCCUGUCGACAGAUGUACCAGAGUUCUCUGGGCUGACGGACAAAGAGCGGAAGGCGAUGCAGGGCAAGAGCGAGAAGAAGGAAAAGAAGGCUAAGAAGGACGCGGCAAAGAAGGAGAAGCCACAGGCAGCCAGCCAGGACGACAGUAAGAAGACAAAGACGACCAAGAAGGAAAAGCCUAAGAAGGAGGCCCGGAAGGAGAAGAAGGAGGCUGCUGUUGCUGCUGCGACCACUGACAGCGAUGACCUGGGUAUUCCUGGGUUCAAGGUCAAGUCGGCCAAGGACUCGGCGCCGCUGUCAACGGUCCGGCGGCUUACCAUCGACCCGAACCCUCAGUGGUUUGGUAUUGCGCUGGACGACCUGGAGAUUGCUGAAGACGCAGAAAAGCCAAGCGAGGAGAUGGUGUUGCAAAAGUUCCAGUACGCCGAGGAGCUGCUUGAUCGCGAAAACUCGCUGUACACGACCCAGGGGGCCGGUAAGAAGUCGAUGUCAACGGCAGACAAAUCGUUUGUGUCCAACAUUCUGUCGUCGGGAACACUGACGGAUCGGGUGUCAGCGCUGACGCUUAUCGUGCAGGAGAGCCCGGUGCAUGGUCUUGGAUCACUCAACCAGCUGAUGCAGAUGGUCAAAAAGAACAACCGGCGCGAGGCCCUGCUAGCGGUUGCCAGUGUUAAGGAUCUGAUGGUCAUCAACUUGCUGCCGUCGAACCGCAAGCUGCGGUACUUUGCUGACCAGCCGAUCAGCGCUCGGGGCGUGACCAGCGCGCACUGGAUUAUGUGGGCGUUCGAGGACAAGCUGAAGCGGCACUACUUUGAGCUGAUCCAGACCAUGGAGGCCAUGUCGUACGACCCGGUGGUCCAUACGCGGCAGAACAUGGUUACGUUCUUUGAGGACCUGCUGGAGCAGAAGCCCGAGCAGGAGAAGAACCUGCUGCGCUUGCUGGUCAACAAGCUUGGUGACAACGAGCGGCAGCUGGCAGCCCGCGCGUCGUACCUGAUUCUGAAGCUGCUGAACGCGCACCCAAACAUGAAGUUUAUUGUGGUCAAAACCAUCCAGGAGCUGCUGCUGACAAAGUCGUCGACCAAGGAGCGCGCGCAGUACUACACCAUGAUCACGCUCAACCAGAUCAUCCUGUCCUCCAAGGACGUGAACACAGCCAACCUGUUGCUUGAAGUGUACUUUAUCUUCUUCAAGAAGCUGCUCAAGAUCACCCAGGACAACGAUGCUGCAGAUGCUGCCGAGGCAGAGGCUGCUGGUCCUGACAGCGACAACGACGAUGACGAGAAGAAGAAGGCCGGGGCCACUGCGCCACCCAAGAAGGAGAAGAAGGGCCGCGAGCAAAAGGUGUACAUUGGGCAGAAGGCUCUGCGCAAGGCCAAGGAGGAGCUCGCGAAGAAGCAUGCAGAAGAGGAGAAGUCGAUGGACAACAAGCUCCUGGCGGCCAUCCUGACCGGCGUCAACCGCGCGCUGCCGUUCGCCAAAAUGGACGACGCAGUCAUGGAUCAGCAUGUGGGAGUGAUCUUCCAGAUCGCCCACGCCGGUAACUUCAACACGGUGGUGCAGUCGCUGGUACUGCUGAACCACAUUGCACGUCUUCGGCCGACCAUCGCUGACCGGUUCUACCGCACCCUGUAUGACUCGCUGCUGGACCCGCGGCUCGAUGGCACGUCCAAGAAGGCCAUGUAUCUGAAUGUCCUGUUCAAGGCCAUGAAGGCCGACAGCGACACCAAGCGUGUCAUGGCGUUCAUCAAGCGCAUCAUGCAAGCGUGUCUACAGAACCAGGUCGAGUUCGCCUCGGGUGCACUGUUCCUGGUAUCGCAGGUGCUGGCGCUCAACCCACAGCUCAACACGAUGCUGACACAGCCCGAGGACCAUGAGGACGCCGAGCACACAUACGAUCCGCUGAAGCGCGACCCGCGGUUUGCCAACGCGCAGGCCGGCUGCCUCUGGGAAUCCGCGAUGCUGGCGCACCACUACCACCCGUCGAUCACGCACUCUAUCAAGCAGGUGUUUGCUGGCGAGCAGGUGGCCGCUAUCAGCAACCUGCACAACCACUCGCUGGCGCACUUCCUGGAUCGUUUCGUGUUCCGCCGUCCCAAGGCGGAGGACUCGAAGAAGUCUUCUACCAUGCGUGGCCAGUCGCUGAUGCAGCCGUUUGUUGCCUCUUCGGAGAGCGCCGACUUUGAGCUCGGCGAGCAUGGCGCACGCAUUAUGCGUGGCCAUCUGCUGUCAUCGAAGCGCGUCGGCGGCGUCAUCGGCGGUCUUGAUCUGACUUCGAAGAGGAUUGCUGAUCUGCAGAAAUCUGAUAUGCCGGCCGACGAGCAGUUCUUCCUGCAGUUCUUCCAGACAAAGAAGGAGCGCAUGGGCAAGCGUGUCAAGAAGUCAAAGCAGGAGGGCGAGAGCGGCCUGGCUGACGACAGCACUGGGUUUGCCAAUGCCAUGGGCGAGAAUGCGGACGAGCUUGACGAGGAUGAGGUCUGGAAGGCUAUGACCUCGGGCAUGCCGCGCACUGGCGAGGGCGACGAAGACGGCGAGGAUGUUGACGAGGAUGAUGAAGAUCUACUGGCUGCCCUGCAGGAGGAUGAGGACGAGGGAGAUGACGAUGACGACAUGGGCGAAUCCGACAGUAACGAUGAGGGCGAGGACAGCGCCGAUCUGGAUGAGGACCAGUCCGAUGACGACGGAUUCCCGACAUUCGACGAUGAGAUGUCCGAGGCCAGCGACGACGGCGAGGUGUCUGAUGAGCCUGCGUCCAAGGGCACCAAGCGCAAGGGCGACGACAGCGAGUCGGCCGACAAGAAAAAGAAGAAGAAGAAGGAGAAACUGCCCAUGUUUGGCUCGUUCGAGGACUAUGCCCACCUCAUCGACAAUGACGAGGGGCUGGAGUGAACGCAGCAGCUUAUUCUUUUUUGACUCCACAGACUACUUUUUAUUCCCGAAAAUAUACUUCAUUCUACA